GCUGUUCACAAACACAGAUGAGGGACUUAGUGCGUUGGACAUUGAUUUCACACACAGCUCUCAGAGAGAACAACAUAAACUUUUGAGAAAACUACGGAGCUCUCUCUCCUUCGCUGGGAUUAACAGCUAAUGAGGAUAUUUUAUUUCUUGCAGAAAGUUUACUUUUACAGUGUGAAGAUAUGUGGCAUUUGAGGUGCACAACAGGAAACAGUUUAGUACAUGCUCUUGGUUCAGGAGCUUCCUCUUUCCCUGGAUACAAUAUGCAGGCCGUUCCAGUUUUGUCCCUUCAAUGAGCAAAACAGAUUCACGUCCACACCAGCUGCUCACCACCAGAAGUAAUAACCCUCCAAGAUGGCACUCACUUCACUCUAUGUUACUGAGAAACCAGGAGCUGGCUUAAGUGAAGUGGACAUAUGUACGCUUGAGAUUAAUAUGAAGUAUGAAGUCAUCCCAUCUAUUGUGUGCUCUGUUUGCCUUUCAUUUGGCCUCAUCUACUGCUUUUUCGGAUACCGCUGCUUCAAGAUGGUCAUGUUCUUCUCAGGCUUCUUGUUAAGCUUGGCAGCCAUGCUCCUCUUGUACCACAAAGAGCCUGUAUUGAGCACCCAGCUGCAGGCAGAGACCAAGGCGGGCAUUGGCCUUGGUGUGGCUGUGCUAUGUGGACUGUUGACCAUGUUAAUGACAACAGUGGGACUCCUCAUCAGUGGCUUACUUCUGGGAAGCCUUCUCUCCCUCUCCAUCUUGGUGGUUAUCGGACAAUUUCACAGCCUUACUCCAGUUUGGGUGCCUCUCAGUGUUGUUCUGACUGCAAGCAUGGCCGCUGCUGUCUUUACACUCCAGUGGCAGAAACUAUUCAGCAUAAUCUUCACAUCUGUGUUUGGAGCAACUGCAGUCAUGCUGUGUGCAGAUUACCUGGUGGGGGCAUUUGUAUUGCCAGAUGAAGUGUAUGAUAUAUUUUCUCAAGCUGCUCCACGACCACUCUGCUGGUUUGACUGGGCUGUCACUGGAAUCUGUCCUGUUUUGAGUCUCACUGGAGUGCUGGUGCAAUGGUGGUUUACUGCCAAAGGAAUGUCACACAAUGGAAGUGCACAUAAAAAACAGACGAAAUAUGCAAAAAAACAUGCAAAUAAAGAGUUGAGGAGAAGACCUCAGCAUCACCGCCGACGGAGGCCUCCACCCCUGAAACGCUAUGCUGGCGAUGUCCUGGCACCGAGUUAUCUUCAGAGCCUUCAGGAGCGUCAGAUGGGAACCGGCUCCUCUAAAAGCAGCGUCAGCACCAUCACACACACUCUAAUUGACUUUGACUUUGAGACAGGCUCAAUGGUGCCUCUGACCACUUCCUCUCCAGUCUUCACAGUUUGAUUAGCAUGGCUUCAAGCAAAUAUAGGUUACAUAUGUCUGAGGAAUAAUUACUCAUUUGAAUUGUUGACCAUCACAAACACCUUUCCACAGUUUCAACUUGUGGUUUGAAUCCUUAUUACUGGCUUCAUGAGAUAACGAUCAGCAUGCUCAGUCUGAUAUGAGGUACUUGGAGAUCAUCCCCUGAAUGAUGACAAGACAAAUUAAUGCAACCUCAACACAGCAUCAGGCCCAUGACUACUAAAUCCUUUGAGCAGUUUAACUCUCAGAUGAGUUCUUUUGUUUCAUGCAAUAUCAUUACAAUCUUAAACACUCUGCUUAUGUCACUGUGUAAAUACAUAGAUAAGUAUUACAUCUAGAUUACUUUGAAAUGUAAUCAUUACACCUAUAAAAGAUAAAUGUGUGCCAGCACAUGCAAUGAAACCAAGGAUAUACAUAAAACAUAUCAUUCUGAAUGGUAGACCAAUAAAAUAUUGAUCAGACAGCAGUGCAGCUUCACAGUCGGCUGUUUUGGAGUAUUGUCUUAUGUUAAGAGUCAUUAAAUCAGCAACGUGAUGUUUAUGCAACAUUUGCUAACAUUAUCCACUACGGGCCACUGAUCGUACCAAAGAUAAGGAUAUCAGCAGCAUCAAAACCACUGAUGUUAUUAAAACUGGUGAAGAGUGUGUUUAGUUGUUUAUGAGUUCAAGUUUGAAUUUGAAAACCAGAUGAUAUGUUAUUUCAUCUUUCAAGGUUACAUCCUUACUUUUAAAAGGUCAAAUAAAACGUGCUUUUCCUCUGCUCUGUACUGUUGUUAAUCCAUUUAUACUCCUCUAGUCUGUUGUCCUUCUUUGGAGAUAUCUGUUAUAGAGAGGCUGGAUAAAAAUUCCCCUAUUUGUAGGUCACAAAUACAUUUGACUCAGAAACUGUAUCUCCUCCAAAAAGUCAUGACUAGGUUACAGAAAAAAUCCACACGCCUUCUUGGAGUAAUUUUCAUACAGCAGCUGUUUUCUCUACACCAUUUUGUCACUGUUAUGAAAGAAGAAUGCAGCCGGCCAGCAUUACAGAGCUAGAUGUCAUUCAUGUUUACAUCCUCUGACCUUUCACAAACAAGAACCUUUUGUGUCUAAAUGUUAAAUCCAUUUUAAAAGCUUUCACUUCAGCAUUUCUUCAGCAUGUUGCAUGUUUUGGAAUCAGAAGUGACCAAAUUUGGACAAAAAGGCCUAAGGGCUGAGUUAUCUACUAAUUUUACCAUUAGCUUGAUCCAUAAACUGUAUAGAUGCAUCAUGAUGCAUGGAACUGCAGUGUUGACUUUGAUUUGCAGCCCCUUCUGGAUGUUGCCACUUGGUAGAUGCACUUUGUUUUGUGCAGUUUUAUGGGGUUCAGGUUAGUAGAAAAGAAGAAAACAAGAAGUCUAUGAACACUAUGAAAAUGUGUUCAUGAUUUCUGGAACUGCCAUUGUUGUUUUAAUUAUAAUGUAUGAAUAUGUCAAUUUUGUUCCUAAGGUUAACCUUCCCUUUGUACACAUUUGUUUAAAUGUUAAUCCCACUUUUUUUCCACCCUUUGUUUUUUCAGUUAAUAUUGCUACUGUUCAGUUAUGUUAACUUUGCACUUUAUGUACAAUGAUAUAGAAUAGAAUAGAAUAGAAUAGAAUAGAAUAGAAUAGAAUAGAAUAGCCCUUUAUUGUUCUUGUACAUGUACAAUGAAAUUAUGGACAUAUUUGUACAGAAUGAUGAGUAAAUACAGUUUUAAAUUUUU